CAUGAGGAGAGUUGGCUGAAGUUUGCUUGGCGAGAAAAAGUAUAAUAUCGGAUGCUGGUUCUCUCAACUGGAAUGUGUACGCCACCUUUGAGUAUAAUCUGAUGGUGGUUCUCUCAACUGGGAUGUGUACGACACCUUUGAGUAUGAGCUAUAUACAUUUGAUGGUUGUCCUCAUAAUCUGGGCCCUCAACCCCAUGGCGGCAGCUCAAUCUGGCCUUGAGUUGGCACAGACAGGAGGCAGCGUCAGGAACAGGAGACAGCGGGACAUCUCAUGCCGGGAAAACCUGGAGUACCCACAUGACAACAUCUGCUGUUUGAACUGCCCAGCUGGUAAAUAUGUCAAAGUGUCGUGCACGGGUGCCUUGGAGAAAGGAACAUGUGAGGACUGUGACUUCGACACAUACACUGAACAUGACAACGGACUGCAACAGUGCUUAAAGUGCACUAAGUGUCGCUCAGAUCAGGUGACCACAAAGACAUGCACCAUCACUCAGAACACAGAGUGCCAGUGUAAACCAGGGUAUUUCUGUGCCCCUGACCAAGCCUGCGAGGUGUGCAAAAAGUGCUCAAGAUGUAAAGACAAUGAGGUGAGGGUGAAGAACUGCACCACUACGUCCAACACGGUCUGUAAGACCAGAAUGCCCACAUCCAGCACCAUCUCAGGUAAAACUCCAGGCCCAGCAGCUGUUAUUGUGAUUGUGGUGGUAGUACUUAGUAUCACUGCUGCAAUUGCCGGUGUCUAUUGGAAGAGGCGAAAGCACUCUAAAAGGACAGACUCCCAGAAUAAUCCCAGUGAGACGUUGGAGGUUGUGGUGGAUGAUCAAAACAACAGGUCAAUUGAGGAGAGACAGAACAACCAGAAUGCUGUGCUGGAUGGCACACAGCUACACCCCUUGCUGGAGCAGACCCAGGCGGUGGGUGCCAAAGCCUCCUCAGCCACUGAGGAUGAGGACAAUGGACUGGGCGACAGCCUCCCCAACACCACCAACUCCUCCCAGGCCAGUCUGUCUGCACUACCCUCAACCCCCCUCCCCAGAUCCUCCCCGCUUCCCAGCCCUGCGGCCAAGAGGCAGCCCGGCACUGUGGCUAGGGAAGAUGUCCUCAUAAAACUGUCUCCUUUGAAUGGUGACGAGUCCUUGAAGAAAAGUUUUGAACUUUUUGAAGAGCUGGACGUUAACUACCAUAACAGAUUCUUCAGGCACAUUGGACUCAGUGACAACGCUAUAAAAAGCACUGCACACCUUCAUUCUGAAGAUCGAGUCUAUGAACUGUUGAAAGUAUGGUUGGAAAAGGUGGGCAUGGAAGCUGACAUUAAUGACCUAAUCAAAGCAUUACUUUAUUUUGACCAAAGGUUAUCAGCAGAAAAUAUUAUUUCUAAAGCCAUUGAAAAUAGUUAUUAUGAAUAUGCAGAAAAGUAAAAGUAAAAGUAUGUCCCUGCUUCUACAGAGUUCUGGGAAAAAUACCUAAAGUUCUUGGACGAGAUGUACAAUAUGAGUCAUAACUGAGCCGUAUCUGUGCCGUUAAAUGAUCCCAGGUACUUGCUGUGACAGGCCUAUUUGCUGGCUGUUAAGUCAUUCCCUAUGUACAGUUUCACACAGUGAAUUGGUAGGCUAUGCACUGGCUAGUGACUGUAGUGCUGGUGGUGGAUGUUUAUAGAGUAGUCAAUAUACACUGUAGGGCAGUGUUUCACAACUUCAGUCCUCCAGUACCCCGAAAGGCACACAUUUCUGUUAUAGUCCUGGACAAGCACACCUGAUUCAACUUGUCAACUAAUCAUCAAGCCCUCAAUGAGUUGAAUCAGGUGAGUUUG